CGACCGAACCCAGACUCUUUUAGUAAUAAGUAUCUAGGCGGCAGACUCGCAGCUUUUGGCCGCUUUCUCCGGUUUUCCCGGCGGUUUAACAACUCCCAUCUCGGGCCGCGCCGGGCCGGCGUCGGAACAUGGAGCGCUGGCGCCACCAGCACCGGAAGUGGCGGUUGUCAGGGAGCCGGGGAGCGCCGGUAGGGAGCGGAGCAUCGAUACCGGGACCGGGAGCGGGAGCGGGAGCGGGAGCAGGGCCGGAGUGGGACAUGCUACCCGGCAAAUACCGGCCAAGGGUGCUCGGAAACCCGAUUAAUACUUGUGCUCUUCAAUUAUCCGUGCAGGCUUCAGCUGUCGGGGACCGAUCAUCCCAGAGACAGCAGCUUGAUUAUAAAAUAAACAAGGAGCUCCUUCCCUCACACAAGCUUUUGAAUGUAGAAGGUGACAAGAAUUUCCAUGGCAAACCAGAAGGAACAUGCCAUGAUGAUCUACUCCACCACUACUCAGAACCGUUAUCGAAGGGGAUAGCUGCGGAUGUGCCUUCACAUAGUCCCGCUUCAAUAAAAUGCAGGUCUCGACAGGGCUGUCAAAGCGCUGUGCCUUCCCCUUCGCAUGGUCAGGGAACCUUGCCAUACUUACCAGGUGACAAUGUCAUUUUCUCCGAGCUUCCUUCAGCGCCUGGAAUACCUGUUGUGUAUCGUACACCUGAGCAGCGGGCAGAACAUUCUGAUAGUCUGAAUUUAGAUAGGCGAAAUCUAACAGUCUGUCCGAUACUGAAGGGUGAGCAGCAACUUCGCCUGUUGAAUUUCCAGCACAAUCUGAUUACUCAGAUAGAGCACAUUUCCAAUCUGCGUCGCCUUAUCUUUUUGGAUCUAUACAACAAUCAGAUUGAGGAAAUCUCAGGUCUUUCUUCUCUGAAGUCACUUCGUGUCCUUAUGCUGGGCAAAAACAGAAUCAAAAAUAUUUCCAAUCUUGAGAAUCUGACUGAUCUGGAUGUACUAGAUCUGCAUGCAAACCAGAUUUCUAAGAUGGAAAACAUUAAUCAUCUGAGUGAGCUUCGAGUCCUGAAUCUUGCAGGGAACCUCAUUGUACAUGCGGAAAAUAUGAAUGGCCUUGAUUCACUGACAGAACUCAACCUCAGACGCAACUGCAUCGAAACUGUAAGAGAUGCAGACACAUUACCUUGUCUCCAAAGAAUUUUCCUCAGCUUUAACAACAUAUCCAGAUUUGAGAACAUUGCUUGUCUGGCAGACUCUUAUUCGCUCUCAGAGGUCACCCUGGAUGGCAACCCUAUAGCUCAGGAGUCAUGGUACAAGCAUACGAUUCUGCGACACAUGGUGCAGCUACGACAGUUGGACAUGAAGAAAAUCACGGAAGAAGAGAGGCGAAUGGUGUCAGUCAUGGCCAGGAAAGAAGACGACAAAAAACGUGAAAUCCACAAGCAGGCCGUCUUGAAGGAGAAACGGCGCUUGGCUAUCAGUAAUGCUGCCAGACAGUGGGAGAUGCAGCAGUCCAUCGCCCCAGCGAAGGAUACACAGCCAGCACAAGUGAAGCCUCCUUGCACAGCCAGUAAUAUCAAUAUUCACAAGCCAUGUCAUCUCAAUGAGUGUGAACAUGAAUUGUGGCAGCAUGAAUCAAGCCAACCAAGUCCCAAAAGCAGCAUUAGAAAGGAAAGAGCAGAAAGCAACAAACAAGAAUUCAGUAAAGCUGAAAAGCCCCAUAAUUUAAGGUCUGACGGAAUGCUGACUUCUGGAGUGUCAGGGCUGUCAAUUGCAGAGUCUCACCUGGCCGAGCUGGACAGAGACACGUUACACCUGUACGGGGUUGGUGCUCUGGAGUCCCUGGAAUGCAGCUGGGGCGUCCAGGCUGCCGCUGCUGUCACAACAGUCUCUUUCAUGUUUAUUGACUUUGAUGACAUCAUUCCCAUAUUGCCACGGUUAAGGAUUAAAUUCCCAAAUAUUUUGCACUUCAAGUUCCAGGACACCAAUCUGCACAAACUGCUGCAGUUCAACGCGCUGGCACUGGGUCGCCGACUGGACCAGCUUACCGUCAGUCCUCAGGGGAACCCAGUGGUGAACUUCACUCUCUGGAAGUACUAUGUCCUCUUCAGACUUAAUCAUUUUGGUCUCCAAAAAAUAAACGGUGUAGAGGUAACUCCCAUGGAUAUAGCAAUGAGUGAACGAUUCUUUGGAAUUUUAUCACGUGUGGCUGCCUCUCAUCUACCCCAGCCUCGACUCCUUUCAUUACUUGGAGAAAUUAAAAAGAAACAGCUGAAUUUCAUACUGGCGGGGAAAGGAAAGAAGCCUGGGAUCACAGUGGAUGAGUGUAAGGACAGCAUAAAAAUUGGAGCUGAAAGCAUAGGUCGUGCUGUCCUGAAUUACUCCAAUAAGGACAUCGCCACAGAACAAUUAAAGGAAACGAAGAUGUUUUGCCAAGCGUACGUGCGGGGACUGGUUAAAGAUGCUGCCCUCAUCAAUGUUAAAAAUGAAUCCCUGCACAAGCUGUGGCCACAGAUCUUCAUUGAACUUGUGCGAGACUGUGUCAUUCAGAUGAGCAAUAAAAACUCACAUAUGAAGCUGUGCCUAAAGAACAUAAUGGAGCAGAAGUGAAGAGAACAGGCGACUCCACCGCAGCUUGUGCUCAGAAUUAAACAUCUAUUUGAGAGCCCCAGAAUCACUCCAUCUCCAUUUACAAAGCCCUUGGAGAUGUUCCUCUGCAUUUCCAUUUCAUCGGAACAAGUAUUGCCAAAUCACAAUCUGUAAGAAAAUGAAAUCCUGCAGGGACUGUGCACACCAGUGAAAGGAAGGCAGAACAACUGUUAACCAGUCUUCCCCUGUGACUGCAGGUAUGCAGAGCAGUGUGGUGCAACAGCCUGUCUGUAUAGGUAUUACACUGCCAGUGUCUCCUGAUAACAUUAUCUCUUGUGGGUUUCAGCCAAAAGCAUUCUAACUGAAUGUUUGCUCUUUCAAAAGCAUGUCACGGUAUGUUUGGAUGACAUAGUACUUGCAGGCAGAGUCAUAACCUGUGAAUUUCAACUCGCUGUUUACUCAUUGAUGUGGAGCUCACUGGAAUCUUUCUAAAAAUCUUUCUUGGAGGUGUUAUACCACAGCAGUUUAAAAGUACAUUGUGUUUUAAUUCCGUUUUAAUGGCGAGUGGAGCACAGCCUUUCCUGGCUCAUUGUGCAACUUUGAGGGUGCCUCGCCUGUUUCAGGAUUGCUGUCUGUAAGCACAGUGGGAUCUGUUAUCUGUCAGUGUAUUGGCUUUACCUGUUCCCACAGCUCAGCAUUGGAUGAGACACCAAUAACAGUCUGAUUUUACAGUAACUGUGUCCCACAUUCUUUAUAUCAUCAGCAGGUGCCACAAUGUUCUCUUAACCUAAGAAGGGUUUACAGUGGAAUUUUUGCCAAAUUCACUUUAUCUCAUUGACUGAUGCUGUUUUUGUUUUUAUCAGACUACUACAGGGAAACGAGUAAACAUUAUGCUUUGAUAAUAUUUGAUGUUUCAAUAGUUAAUGUCACGUCCCACUGUAGACACACAGGCACCAUCUAUCUUCCCCUGCCCCUUACUCUUCAGUAUACUUUUGCAACAAAUUUGCUGAGAUUAUCUAACAAUCUCAGCAAAACUGUGCCCAAGACCAGCUGUGUUAAACUUAAAAUACUAUCCACUGAUACAUUUACUAAAAUAGCCAACUCACUACAUCAAGACUUUAAUGCCAAAGACGUGCCAUGAAUUCCCCAUCGUGGGAUGAUUGGAGGCAGCACACACAUUAACAUUGCAAUACAUGGGACACUGUGCUACAAUAGAUUGGCUACUUGGAUGUGGAUCCAUUCUGGUGUGUGCCAAGUGUGCAUUAACUCUGUGUUGGGCACUUCACAUGCAUUAGAUCUGGGCAUUACUACAUGCUGUAUAUUUUUGACAAAAUGCACAGUUUAGUGUUCAGAUAUCAGUCAAUUUCUCCAAAGAGUUGCAAUUCACAAUUUGUGUACCAUUUUUUAAAAAAUGAUUCUGUCUUUUCUGAAAAGUUGACAUAAUUUGCUUCGAAUUGCUCUGUUUUGUUGUGGAUCUGUACUGAAAGUUUCUCUGUUUUGUGGGGUGUGAGAUAGGAAACAAUUAAUCUGGAAUUGCUGCUUUAUGAAUGAAAUUUUAUAAUUUCAAUAAUUCAUCAAAUAUUCAAUUUGAAUUCAGUGGGUUACGAGACUGGCAUCAACCAUCAACUGUUGAAAUUUACAUACUAUUCAUUAUUCUAACUUUUUAUAUGCUUGUUUAAUUGAUGUAAUGCACUUAAUGAUUUUUCAGGUUACAUAAUCACUAGACAUUGUUUAUAUCUCAAUGAGAUUUAAUGUUUGUUCAUUACUGGUUUAG